CGGAGGCUGCCUGGAACCCGUCCAUUGAGUGAUGCUGCCAUCUAGUGGCAGCACGGGGGAACGGUACUGGGCAGAGCCGUUUCCAUUUGGUGCAGAAGAGCCUCAGAAUUGCAGUCCUUUCUUUAGAAAAGAAUUCAGGGCUGGGAAAAUUGAGCCGAGUCAUCUCAUCUGGCAACCACGCCAAGAAUAGCAGCCCCUCCCUCCGAGUCGCCCUGGACCAGCGCUCCAGCCGCAGGCGCAGCAGCACCUCAUCACUUGACGGCCACAGUUCCAUGGACCAAACACAGAGAAGAAUGCUGGGCCAGCCCCUUUCCAUCCUCACCACCCAGCCCAAGAAGAAAAGGAUAUCAGUGAUAUCUUUCUUUUCCAAGGUCUCUUGGAAACUGAGGUUCCAGAAGCGGGAGCCUCUGAAGAAUGUGUUUUUCAUCUUGGCCGAAAGAGCCCGGGACCCCAGUGCUAAAAAGCGUCAUAUGGCAAUGAGGAGCCUCGGAACCAUGGCUUGUGAGACCCCAGACAAGGUGAGAAAGUAUAAGAGAAUUGUCCUCGACCUGCUGGUGCAUGGAUUGUAUGACCCCAUGAGUUCUGAAGUCAUCCACGAGAGUGUGAAGACUCUGACCAUCAUCCUGGGCAAGACCCAGGCGAAAGGUCUGGGCUCCUUCUUCAUAGACAUCACUCUUCAGACCAGGACCCUAUUAGAUGACGAGAAUGACAGCCUGAGAUACUCAGCCUUUGUCUUGUUUGGGCAAUUGGCUGCCUUUGCUGGGCGGAAAUGGAAGAAGUUUUUCACCAGUCAGGUUAAGCAGACUCAAGAUUCCUUCCUGAUCCAUUUACAGGAUAGAAACCCCCAGGUUGCCAAGGCUUGCAAAACAACAUUUCGAGCCUGUUCCCCAUAUCUGAGACAAAGGAAGGAGUACAGCUUCCAGAGUGAAGAAGAUCAAAGGAACCCCAAACUCUGCCGGCAGCUGAGCCACUAUCAUCCAGAGCUCCUGCAGUACCUCUACGCAAAUAAAAUUCUGUAAACAACAGAGACACAGAAAAAUGGUUCCACGGGAGCAUUUUGCAGGAGGGCUGAUAACACCCUCUUUUAACUCUUCACAUGCUUCUGCUCACCUCUUGUGAUUGUAAUAGAAAAGAGCAAUUGAUGGCAAAACUAAUACUGUGGAGUUGUAUAAUCAUGUCCAAAGUAAAUUUAAAUUGCUUUCACAUAUGUCAUUCUCUCCUUAUACAAAGUGGAUGAGAAGGCACACACUUUCUUUAAAACAUUUAAAGUACAUGUAGAUUCAGUGCUUAUUUCUCAGCCUUUUCCUUCUUAAGUUCAGUGCUGUCAUCUAUCUUUUAAUUUCUGAGGCUUAGGAGAAUAGCUACUACCUUAAGUAUUUUAUUUUUUAAUCUGCUUUUGAUGCUUUGCUAUUUGCUAUUGAUACCUUUUCUCAGCAAGACUAUUUAAAGUUGGUCAGGUACCAAAAUGGUGGCUUGGAGGGGUAUGUUUAGCUUCUCAUAAUCUCCAAUAGUCAUUGCAUCCAAGAUCAUUCCAAACAAGAAUUAAUAAAGGAAAAAAAUCUGUAAAGCAUGUGUUGAAAACCCUCAGUCUGGUGAUAACAUAUGGGAUAAUAAUAAGUAACAUUUACUGAAAAUAUUUAUAAUUUAUUGGGCACUGAGAGCUGUGCAAGUUAUUUAAUAUUCACAAGAACUCUAGGAGAAAAGUACCAUUAUCACCCUCAUUUUAUAGAUGAGAAAAUGAAGACACAGGGAAAUUAAGUAACUUGCUCAAGAUGACCCAGUAAAUGAUGGAGCCAGAAUUCAAACCCAUAUGGUCUGACUUCUGGAGCCUACAUUCAACCACUGUAUAGUACUGCCUUGUCAUGGAAUGAU